GUGUGGGGGAGGGAGGACCGGAGGAGUGGUAGCGGGAGCGAGGAUGAAGUGGGUUAGUUGUGUGUGGAGACUCGAGUCGGUCAUACGUGCUUCCCCACCCGCUCCCUCAGCUCCUCACGUGGCCCGGACCGCCUCUUCCUUCAUCGACGAGUGAGUGUCCGGAGCGGGGCGCCACGAAGGGAAGGACCGCAGGGAGGAAGAUUCUGGCGAGGCUGAGUGAGGCUGAGCAAGUCGGACGCGUCACUGGCCCUCUCCUGACCCACCCCUGUGUACCGGUUCGGGUCAGCCACACGCGCGCACUAACAUACACACACACACACACACACACACACACACACACACACACACACACACACGCACGCGGGAGAGAGCAUCUAGUAUGAGUGUAGCAAGUGUGCGUCUCAAAGUGGACAAGUGUACAUCAUUCCCGAUUCCUUCUUGAACAUUACCAGAGAGAGAGAGAGAGAGAGAGAGAGAGAGAGAGACCCGUGCACCCUUGAACCUGCGGGUAGUGAAAAGGUGUGAAGUGACCCAAUGAACCACUUGUGACGCGUGCACCAGGUAAUGCUUCACGGCGGGGGACUGGUGAAGCCACUUGCCUUAUACGGGGAAAACAAGCCACCCGCAAAUACCGCCGCGCUCAGUGUCGCCUUGAAUUUAGAGAUUUAGUUCACUGCGUAACUAAUUAAUGGACUCCCAGAAGAUGCAGAUUCUUCACACACACCUGCAAGUCACCCCGCUGGAGGAGUGAUUCUGUAUCUCGUUUUCUAUACCGAGUGUCAAUGGACUGCGAUUUGAGUGUGAGUGUCUUCAGGCGAUGCUCUGAGUAAUAUUUCGGAUUUUGAGAAGAGAUAGAGAGGCGGACUGCUGACCCAUCGCUUCUUUCCAUUUCUGUUAUCCUUAUCCAAGACGUCCUUUUCUGUGUCCUUUCUUGCCCUUCCCUACUCAGUGCCUUGUGUGGAGAGGUGGACAUCUGAUCUGAUACAAGAGCUUCCUUGUGCCUUUUCCUGUUCUUUCCUGACCUCUCUGUUCCUUUCCUAUCCAAUGCUCUUUUCCUCCUGCCACUCCCGUCCAAUCAUCACGAGCACGCCACUGGGUCAGCUUGAGUCGAUCUCCCGUGGCUGUCAGUAGUCUCUCGGCCCCGCCGCCCUCAUUAACCACAACAAUCGCGGGCCACGCAGGACUUAACGGAGGGGGAGGCGCCCUUCUCCAUUCCAUCAAUACCACCUCUACCGUUCCUAUCAGCCCCACUACUACCACCGCUGCCUUCGCCAACGCCACACCAGCCUCCGUGUUUCCCAGCAGCUUCGUCAACGCCUCCCUGCCUCUCAACGACUCUUCCCACCUCAAUGACACAAUGAUGACAUGGAGCGUGGUGCUGGGGGUGAGUUUCUUGGUGAUGGGGCUCAUGCCUUCUGAAGUGGGCCCCGCCUACCCCAAUAAUGGCUUCCUCCCCUCCACUGACGGGGGCACGCCUGACUGUGUCCAGGACCCACGAGACACCUUCUGCAUCGACCACAAGAAAUAUCCCAAGGAACGCAUUCUCUACCUCCUGGAAAACAAGAUGUUCGACGUGGACUCCAUGCUGAUGGACGAGAGUCGGGAUUCCUACGUCUUCGAGUCCAGGAGCGUGCCACCAGUCAACAUGUACGGCUACGAACCACUGCGACCGACCUAUGAACCACCUAGACAAACCUACGACCAGCCACACCAGACGUACAAGCCGCCGCGACAGAGCUACGGUCCUCCCCCUCCUCCUCCUCCUCCCUCGGUGCCCUCCAACAGUUACCUCCCUCCACGCCAGAACAACUUCUCCACCACUUCCAAACCCUACCACCAUCCUCCUCCUCCCCCUAUACCCCCUCCCAGUAAAUACAGCGCUCCCCAUCACACUUCCACAUACGGGGGCGCUCCCUACCACUACGGAACCCCAGCCCCUCCUUAUGACAACGAAGGACCGUACCCCCGCUACAGGAAGACCACUACCCCCUCCUCUUCUUACUUGACUCGGUAUCUGCCCCCUCCGACCCCUCCCAGGUCACCACCAAAGCCUCAGCCCUGGUGGAGAAAAAUCAUGAGGUCUUCCCGGCGGCGGCAGAAGAGACAGCUGGGGUCUUCUGAACUGUGUCCCUAUGAGGAGGACUACAUCAUGCCCCGCGCCGCGCUCAACAACAAGGGCACGUGGAUGUUCCUUGUUAACAUGGAGGAAGUGUCGCCGCAGUACACACAGGCGGUGCAGACCAAGAAGUGCAUUCCCGGCGCCACCUGCUCUGGCAACUGCAACGUGCCUGACGGGUUCACCACCACCUGCCAGCAGCAAUACGUGCAGAAGCGGCUUAUCGCUCUGGACGGCUCCGGUUCCACCCUCGGCACAGAUCUGUUCUGGUUCCCGUCAUGCUGUCUGUGCAAGAUCAUUCAAGAUGGUUAAGCAUCAUGGAGUGACUGGCGGGACGAGAGGCAAGGGGCUCAGAGGUCCCUGUCAUACAGACGGAGUUAUGUAGAUGAAGUUAAUGUCCUAGACGGUUAGCCUGUAUAGUAACGCCAAAAAAAAUUUCACUGCACAAGUGUUUUUUCUAUGAGAAGUUUGUUACAGGACACGAAACCUGAUUUAUUUCCCCCUAAGAAAGGAAAGACCACGUACUUAGCGAAACUAUUCUGAGUUAGUAGAAAGAAUAGUUAGGCACCUUAAGUAUUUAUAGAAAACGUACCCAAAGCUAAAACACUGCGAGAGAACGCCCCUGAAGUAUGGUUAACUUAACUAGUGUUCGACGAGACUGAAUUGUUGGGUAUUUGCUGCAGGUACACAAUAGUUGUUAGAUGUAUUAGUACACGUAGACCUGUGUGGUGCAGCGCCCUUCCCUGCGUUGUGUGAUGAGGCUGAGCUGUGGUGGGGUGUGGCGUCUGCAUUCCCCGGUACCCAGACGUGGAUCUGUCCCUUGGCGGGGUGGCGUGGAGGGGCGCCGCCACACAACCCUCGCUCCACGCCACAGCGGACAGGAAGCCACAGGGAACAUUAUUGCGUCCAUAUCCAAACACGUACAAGAUUCUGUUUACUGUUUAUACAAUGAAUGAUUGCUAUUACUAUAACUAUUAUUACUAUUAUUCUCAUUAUUUAUAUGCUUCUUCGUGAUAAUUUAUAUUCAGCCACUGUCCUGAUUGUUUUUAUGAUUACUUCCAUUAUUUGCAAUAUGUUUACGUAUGUCCAUCACCCUGACUCUUUUAGUGUGUUUGUGUUAUAAAAAGAAAGAAAAAAUAAUAUAUACAUGCAAAUGUUUCACCUUAGACACAUACUAGAUUCUUUUGAUAUAAACUAACAAAAAAAUAAAGCCCAUAAAAAUGC